UAUAUUAUGUGAUCACCUUGAAUAGUGCAGAAUACUGGAGAGUACUAUAUCACGCGAUACGCGAUAUUGGCGUAAAAGCGUGUGUGUCAUAACAUUAACCAAAUAAUCAUCAGAACAAACAGAAAAAUUUACAGGCAAUUGAGGAGCCAAAGUCUAUCGCUCCCAUUAUAAACGAUGGAAAAUAUAACCUCAAAGCUACUGGUGCCCAAUACUAGAAGGACGAUGCAGAACAUCCUGUCUCGAUCCAUAGCGACUCAUAAUAUUGCGGCUAAUAGAAAUGUAGAGGUAAAUCAAUCAGGAGAGCAAGACGACGUUCUCUUCGAAGAGGUUGGUGAGAGUGGAUUGAUAACCCUGAACCGUACAAAAGCAUUAAAUGCGUUAAACCUCUCAAUGGUGCAGAAGAUCGCGCCUAUCCUAAAGAAAUGGGAGUCAUCUAAAAGUCUCGUAGUGAUAAGAGGCAAUGGUGAUAAAGCAUUCUGCGCCGGUGGAGAUGUCAAGUCUCUCGUCCAGGGCCUGAAUGAGCCCUGGGGUAGAGCAGCCAGCUGCAAAUUCUUUCGAGAGGAGUACGCUCUGAAUUACCUCAUUGGAUCUCUGACGAAGCCCUAUGUAGCUCUGAUCCAUGGAAUCACGAUGGGAGGUGGUGUUGGUCUGUCAGUUCACGGUAAAUACCGUGUUGCCACUGACAAAACAGUGUAUGCGAUGCCGGAGACUGCGAUCGGACUUUACCCCGAUGUUGGUGGGACGUACGUACUUCCACGUUUACGUGGACACCUCGGAUUCUUCCUGGGGCUCACUGGCCACAGGCUCAAGGGAGUUGAUGUCAAGCUCGCUGGCAUCGCCACUCACUACGUUCAAUCCCUCAGGCUCCAGCAAUUGACUGAUGAUUUACUCAGGUCUGGGGGGAAAGGCUUAGAGGCUAUUCUCCAUAGUUACGAGGAUAAAACUCCAGCAGAGUUCUCUCUAGAAAAGCAUCUAGAUCGAAUCGACAAGUAUUUUUCAGCUGAUACUGUUGAAGAAAUUAUUGAAAGAUUGAGGAAUGAUGGGGAUGAUUGGGCUCAGGGGAUUAUCGAUAAUCUCAGCAAAAUGUCCCCAACGUCACUAAAAUUGACCCUCAAGGCUCUGCAAAGGGGGAAGAAAAAGAGUCUGCUUGAGUGUCUCAAGGUGGAAAAUAGGCUGUCCAAUGCUGCCUCCAGAAGAGACAGCGAUUUUUAUGAAGGUGUUAGGGCUCUUCUCAUUGAUAAGGAUAAUAAACCCAAAUGGAAUCCUAACCGGCUCGAGGAAGUUACAGAUACGUACGUCGAGAACAUGUUUAGCCCGUUGGCUGAUGAUGAGGAAUUGAAGGUCUCAGAGGGAUGAGUUAGGACACUUGUUAUUGGAUAUUAAUGGAUGUUCAUGGUUACGUGGAUAUUUUAUUAUUGGGAAAGAUUUCUCCAUUGAUUUUUAGCUCGGCAAAGAUGGAAAUAUAUUAUAAAUGAAAUGACUUACCUCUGUAUAUCCCAGUUAAAUACGAAUUUUUAAACACUGUAUGCUCAUAAAACCAAGCAGAACACGUCAAUGGAAA